CAUAAAACUUUACGAGAUUUUGGGUGCAUUUCAUAAAUGAAAUCCUUCGCAGCGAUUGGUUUACAUCGCGACGAUUCCUUUGGUCGCUUACGUAAUUGAUUAAUCUUUAUUAAUAAAUUCACGCGGAUUGCUCGUGGAUCUUUCUGUUUUUGAAUAUUUGAAUUCGCUGCAUCCUAGAGAUUGAUCCAGUUCAAUUGCGUGCUGUGGAAGAACGAUGGUAGUUCGGUUGAAUCGGCGCGGGUUAUGUAAAUAAAAUCGUGCUGGUUCGGUGCUGGUAAACACUACGGAAAUAUCUGUAGAUUCUUUGGCGAUUCUGUGGGGGCUGAAGCCGAAGAAUCUCGCCGCCGCCGCCUCCGAAGUCUGGUACGAUAAUACGAACGGAGCGCGGCCAUCUGUUGGUCAGAAUGUCCAAGCGCGCCUGACUGAAUUGUCUAAAAUGGUGGUGUAAAAAGGACUUUUUAGGCAAACAGAAAGAAUUUUUGAACGAGUUUCUAAAGGGGCAAGGCUUACUGCAAGGACCGCCGUCGCACGGCCGAUGAGUCGGACCAUUGGACAGCCAGGAGAUUGGGUCCUGCACCAUUGAUAUUCAAUGAGAAAGCUGCCAUCGAAGUGGAAAAAGUUCACACUUCUUCGACAGACUUGCUCUGCUGGACUACAGGUCUGAAGCAGCCUCCGGAAACCUGGUGCAGCCUGACUAGAAGGCAUAGUGAUUUGCAAUGUCUUCAAACAAAUCCAAGUACAAAGCUAAGAAGCAGCUGCAGACCACACUGGGCAAGGCACCAAAGAAGUAUACCUCUGUGGAUAUUUCGCACCUGAGAAAGCCAAUUGAUACCAGUGUGAUUGGAUUACGGCAGGUUCUGCACCUGUUUGAGACUGCCACCAAUGAAGUUCGUAAUUAUAUAACAUAUGAGUGUGAUGUUCUGUAUGAGUGCAAGACGUGCAGGACAAUAUACAGGAGUUUAGCAAAUUUCAUAUUACACAAGCGGGAUUAUUGCAAGGACUCUUGCAGGAAACCGACUGAUGAAUCUGAUGAGCCACCAGCAGAUGUGAUGGGUAAUAGUGCAAUAAAUUUAUGUGAUGAUGGUGACAUGCUGAAAUUCGAUGGGGACAAGAGUAGGUUGAAUGCGGUGCUGAGCAGGUUGAGGAAGAGGCAGGAAAGCCAGGAGAUCUUUGAUGAAGUCUCUGGGAAGGAUUUUUCCAGUGAGAAUGUCGUGGAGGAUAGGGAGGAGUUGGCAAAGAAGGGGGCCAUCGCCCUGGAGGAGAUCAACGGGAAUUUGUCCUGCGUUUUUCAGACUUUGAUAAAUAAUGUUCCUAAGGAUAAUCAAGAAUUUAGGAUAAAUGAGGCUAUGGAAAUACAUAGUAUAUUGAAUAACGAUGAGGUAAUUCUGGGGCCGGACGGUAAGGCUCUGUCCAGGCCCGACAUCGAGGGCUUCGACUUCGGCUGCGAGGUCUGCAAGCAGAACUUUGCGACGAAGAAGUCCCUCAUCCACCACGUCAAGUGCAAACACAACAACUCGAAGGAGAUGUACCUGUGCCCGGAGUACGGAUGCAAGGGCAACUACUUUCCUACGACUUACAGCGUGUUCAGGCAUCUGCACAAGGUGCAUCGGAAGUCGCCGAUGCAAUACAAGAGGUUGCGAUCGCAAAUCCAGCGAAACACCAUCAAGAACACGACGCUCUCGAAUUACAAGGAUCAGAUUCUUAUACGCGAGGAGAGGAACCUCGCCAAGUUCGAGGAAGUGGAUCUGUUGGAUUCGUCGCAGGUAUGCACGAGGUGCGGGAAGAAGUUCGAGAGGAAAGCAGCUUUGCAAUCGCACAUGCAGCUGUGCAAGACGCUGACGAGUUUGCAGCAGUCUGGAAAGGAGGUGAAGGUGACGGAGAAGCUGCGCGGCUCUCAGAAACGGAAACAGUCGUUCAAUCAGAUUAAAUCCAUUAAAAAGGGUAAACCUUCGGUGGAGCCGGAGAAGAGCACGACGACGGAUGCGAAGGAUGAAGAAGAUAGUUCCGACGACGUCGUCUUCGUGCAGACUGACGUGGUGGAACCGGAAACGAUAAUACUUGAUGAGGUUGACGAGACUCCUCCGGUUGCGGUUGCAGCGGAGUCGGACGACGUCGAGAUGGUGAUGGAGUCUUCGGGGACGGCGACGACGGCUGCUUCGACUGGCGGCGAAGAUCCUCUGGUGUGCGAGGAGGUCGUGCUGGAGAGCGACACCGAGGAGGAUCGGGGGCAGCAGCAGGUGACGCUCGAGGGUAAGGCCGCACCUUACAUCGAUCUGUCGCAGUUCCGAUGCACGACGUGCGAGUGCAACUUCAAGCAUCAGUCCGGACUGAUGCAGCACAUGGCGACGCACUUCAAAUGGUUCAAAUACCAGUGCCACAUUUGCCUCUUCAAAUCCUACAAUCGAAGUACCUGCGAGGACCACGUCAAGUCCUACCACAAAUCGAACAACAGCAAGAACGUCGUCACGGAGCUGCCCAUCGAGGAGACCAUCCGCAUCUCUACGGACUUCCAGGCGCUGAGCUACGCCCCGGUGGAGAAGUUCAUCAUCAAGACGAAGAACGCCACGACGCAGAUCUGCAAGAGCAACAGACAUCCGAGGAAGAGCAGCUGCGAGGAGAAGGACGAGGAGAAAACGAGCAGCAGUAACGGCGUCGUCAAGGAGGCGUGGAAAGUCAUCGAGAGUAAAACGAGCAACGGUCUCGUCCUCAAACUGAAAGCAGCCAGCAACGGCGAGAAAUCCGCAUCGCCCGCAUCACCGCAUCCUUCGUCGCCGUCUCCAUCGGCAGCUACACCUGAAGAGCAGCAGCAGACCGCACCCACGAAACCCGCAGAAAACGAGCAGCAAUCCGAGGAGAACAACAUGCACAAAAUGAUCAUGGAGGUCAUCUUCGGGCCGGAGAUGAGCUCCAGACCUAUACGAAACCGAGUCACCUCUAAAAAGAACGAUUUCAUUUAUUACGAGAAACCAUGAACGAUCAUCAUCAUCAUCAAAACGAUUAUUAUUAAUUACAACAUACUCAUUAACUCAUCGUUGAAGUUUGCGCUCACCGAUAAACUUAAAUUAUUAUUUUAAUUAAAUAGCGAAUAUAAUUAAACGUUCACUAUUUAAUCAAAAAGAAACAUCCGUGAGUGGAAACUUCGUUCUUUCUUUCUUUUUGUUAAAAAAAUAAUUUUUAUUCUUCAUAAACUUGAAGUGAAUCCUCUGGACUGAUGUAAAUUGUACAUUUAUCAUUAACCAAUUAAUGUUUGAUUCUUAAGUUGUAACAUUUCGAUAAUCAUUAUUAUUUCGUUUUCUUUUGUAGCAUAUUUUUUUUUCUUCUAUUAUAUUGAAGCGCCCGAAAUUGAUGAGGAAAAAGGAAGAGAAGUGUUAAAUAGUUUAUAAUAAUUGAAUCGCGCGCGCUUCGGCCAACUAAACUAACUCUAUUUGUAAAUUUGAUUGAUUUAUAUAAUUUAUUUUCUAUUCGUAA